GGCGUGUAAUGUAUGAAAGGAUAUGUGAUAUGAUAGUUUUUCUGUAGUAAAGAGAUACUGAAAAUACUUUUAGAGGCAUGCAGAACUGUAUGCGUUAAAACAUUAUUAGUUUACUACUGCCCAGGCGGAUAAAUAGCACACAUUAGACCCUCGUUACGUAUGUAAUUUAACCGUAUUUCAAAAUGUACAACGCGGAGUUUAUCUUAACAACCGCACGCGGAAGUGAUUUUAAAACCAGCGAUAAAUUGUGUUGUUACGACUUGCAGGAUAUUGUUUUUCUUCAUCAGUAUGUUGUGUUUAUUAACUGAUGUAAUACGUUGUUGUGUGAACCAUAGAGUAGGCAUAUACUACAAAAUAUGGAGCUCGAGUGGAGUCUUGUAGUGGAGUCUUCAAUAGGAGUCUGGAGUGAGAUUUUGGAGUGACCUUAAGUCUAAUUUUGGAGGGCAAAACGUAUAGAUAUUUGUUUAACCGCAUAUAUAGUGGCAAUAGAAACACUCCUAGGAAUGGAUGUGGACCAUGAGUACGAGUUCAUCGGUCGCCAUUAUGACUUCGAAGCAUUAGAUCAGAAGUGGUCAUCAUGUAGAAUAUUUGGAAUAUUCGGUAUACGUGCAGUUAGCAAAUCAAGAUUUAUGAGAGAAUUUGUAAAAAAAGAAAGAUAUCCGUACGAUACAUCUCCAUCUAGAUACACUGAACGAUGUGUUCUCGUUAUACUCGGCCAUGUGCGCAUCGCUGCAUGUAGAACCCGAUUAUCAAGCUACAGCCUCGGUUAAAUGGAUAAAACAUUUAACGGAAGAACUUAAAAAAGUUUCUAACGAGAAACAAUUAGCUGUUCUCUUUGACAAUGCAGAGGAUACCAUUGAAAGCACUUUCAAGGACAGUUUACUGUCGUUAAUUGUAGCGGUUGCAAGACAGUGUCCAUGGGUGAAAGUCCUGAUUACGUCAACUACUAAAAUUCAGUUCAGCCAGUUAAGGAAAAUUUACUGUUUACAUGAAAUGAAGCCUAUGCGAUAUACGGAAUCUAAACUAAUGCUGCGAAGUAUAGCACCAGAUGUAGACCUUGGGGCAUACGGAGAUGUUAUAGUCGAGCUUAGUGAAGGACUACCGCUGUUGAUUUUAAUGAUUGGUGCAGAAAUGAAGAUUAAUUUGAUUACACCGGAGCAGAUGGUGAACCUGUUGUUACUGAGUAGACUGGAGACUCUCAGCAAAGACUGCUACCCAGUAGAAGAUCGUGUAGCCGAUGUCUACAAAAACUUCAUCAAACGCCUGUCCGUUGUGUACCAAGAGUAUUUGUCGAAACUUGACUUUAUCCCAGGCUCGUUUAAUGCAGAAGAAGCUGGAGAACUGUUAGAUUUUGAAAGCGUAGCAAUGGCAAAGCAACAGGUUCUAAGGCCGAUCCUGAUACGUCAUGUGAUCAGUUAUGAUUCUUCAUCACUACGUUUUAACAUCCAAGGAAUUCUACGCGAGGUGAUCCAGGCAAAUUUCACUAUCAAGGACCUGCCAGGAGUAAGGGCAAACUAUUGUAAAGUGUUUACAAAAGUGAUGAAAGAAAUCGCCAAGAAGAUGAGCACGGAUGAGUACACUAGAGCUAUGUCAACAUUUGUUCAAGAGCAACCAAACUUGCGUAAACUUCUGGGUGAAGUUAACAACAAUACACAAGAAAGUUCCACAUACCCUUUCUUUAUUGAAAUGGCGUCGUCCUGUACUGAGUUAAUUGAAAUUUUCAUGCCUAAUGAAAGUGAACAGUUUUAUAAAGGUUGCUUGCGACUGGCUGACAAAUAUGGAAAGGACAUAGAUAAGGCUUCAGUAUACUUAGCUGUUGGUAGCAUGGAAACGUAUACAAAGGGUGACCUUCACACAGGACAAGAGAAGUACUUGUCGGCGUUAAAUAUCAUUGAGAAGAAGGGGGACACUAUGCAACUAGCCACCUUGUACCAUAAAAUUGGAUGGAAUAUAUUCAAACAGGGAGAUUGUACAGAGGCUAUUAGGAUGUACAAAAAGUCAUUGGGCAUAUCUUCCACUGCUGGAAAGGACUUUGAAUCACUUACACUGCAGUCUCUUAGUAACCUAGGUGUUGCACAUGUAGUUCUUGGUAAUUUUGACCUUGGUGAGAAAUACCAUUCAUCUUGCCUGAGACGUAGUGAGGCUCUACAGGGUAAAAUUCAUCCAAAUGUAGGAAACGCCCGGAACAGAAUAGGGUUACUCCAUGACCAGAGGGGCGACCCAAAAACAGCUCUGGAAUUCUUUAAGCAAGGGCUUGAAAUAAAGAAAAAGUCAAAAGCCGCCCCUAUUUCUAUUGUAUACUCGUUAAGCAAUGUUGCCAAUGGGUACAACAAUAUGGGUAUGUACAAAGAGGCGCAUGAAUUAGUUGAUGAAGCCUUCGCUAUACUGCAGGACCAGAAGAUGGACAUGCUGGAUGGCUUUUCUCUGAUGUAUAAUACAAGAGGAAAAAUCUAUUCCAGGGAAGGCAGACUAAAACAGGCAGCCGAGGCAUAUGGUAAAACAGUGGAGAUCACGAGACAGGUUGAACAGAAAAGUUAUAUAUUUAUGAAGAGAUUGGUGAAUCUUGCCGAAGUGCUGGAAGGAAUGCUGCAUCUUUAAAACUUGCAAAAGAAGCACUGGGACUAAAAGAUGAAGUAAUAAAAUCACUUCCACAUAACUUUAUCGUUACAGAAUGCUUGCAAUGUAUGUCCCGUAUUUACGAACAGACUGGUAAGCAUGACCAGUACAAAGAAACGUUGUAUAUGAUAGAGAACGAGUGCGUAAGGCUUGGAAAUGUUUGGACAGAGCUGAAUAAUCAACAAAAACUGGACAAAGUAAAGGAUACACUUUGUGAUUUACGAGUGCAGUUUCAGCGUCUGAAGGUGCAAAACGUGUAAACUUCACUGUACAGAAAGUCCAGGUGAAGGAUUUGGUAAUGUUUAGACAGCUUGAUUACAUAUAAUAAGGAAAGUGAGCUUCUGUUUAAAUGCAAGUCACCAGUAACUGCUUGACUGAUGGACACAAUAAUGCAAGAGACAGUUUUAAAAGUUUCAAAAAGUCUAAAUACAGCGAUGGUAUAGACAAGGAAUGAUCAUCAUUGUUGUUCUGUCAAGACUUCCCUCCGUAGGCAUUAUAUGAGCCGCGUCACGAGAAAACCAACAUAGUGCAUUUGCGACCAGCAUGGAUCCAGACCAGCUGCGCAUCCGCAUCUGGUCAGGAUCCAUGCUGUUCGAUUUCAAAGACUAUUGCAAUUAGAGAGACCGUUAGCGAACAGCAUGGAUCCUGACCAGACUGGUUGCAAAUGCACAAUGUUGGUUUUCUCAUAGUCAGGCUCAAUUGUUUUUGCUGUCCCAAGUUACUGUCUUCCUGUACUAGGCAGUUUGAUAAUGGGGAACGGCUUUGAUAUUAAUCUCUAUUGUAUCUUUGUAGCAGUAUCACUAACUACAGUAUAUCAACUUUGUUACUAAAUUCAGAACAUGACACAGUGAAAAUUAUACAUGCCGAGCAUUCAUACGUAGGGGCAGGGAUAAGGUGGAUAUCAUGGAACAUAGAUAAAUAUAAAUAGAUUCUAACAGAGGUUGAGACAUGUACAAAGAAAUUGUUUCCUUAUUACCAUAUCACUGGUUAGUAUGAUCCAGAUAUAAGCUUCGCUCUCACCUGAUACGGAUUUCCUUGACAUCGUAUAACCCAUAUCCUGUCACCAACAAGCAGUGUAACGGUAACUAAUAAUGUCCAGAUUUCUUUGCCCAAGGUUCACAGUGCUGUUAAAAUAUGAUAAUUUUCCUUAGAAACUUUUAAUAGAAUUUGCAUUGGUUUGUGGAUACUGCUUCACAAAGCAAUUGUUACUUCUUUUUCAUACUAUAAGGUGAUUUAGUCUGUAAAGUGGCAGUAGGAUUUUCUCUUCUAAAUUAGAAAUCUACUUUAUUAUUUCAACUUGAACAAUGAACAAACCUAUGAUGUAUUCAAUAAAGGGUAUUAAGCUUUCUUUUAAAAAA